CGAGCGAGUGACCAUGGCGGUGAAUGCGGUUCGUGGUCUGGCUGUGGCCGGAGGAGGCGAGAGCAGCGAGAGCGAGGAUGACGGCUGGGAGAUCGGGUAUCUGGAUCGCUCAGCACAGAAAUUAAAAGGCCCAUUACCCACCGAAGAAAAGAAUGAAACAUUUAAGAAAGCCUUGACCACGGGAGAUAUUUCAUUGGUCCAGGAGCUCCUAGAUUCUGGCAUAAGUGUAGAGUCUAGCUUUCGAUAUGGAUGGACCCCCCUUAUGUAUGCUGCUAGUGUUUCCAACGUAGAAAUGGUUCGGGUUCUUUUGGAUAGAGGUGCUAACGCAAGCUUCAGUAAGGAUAAGCAAACAAUUUUGAUAACUGCAUGUUCUGCUCGUGGCUCAGAAGAACAGAUCUUGAAGUGUGUAGAACUACUACUUUCCAGAAAUGCUGAUCCAAAUGUUGCUUGUAGGAGAUUUAUGACUCCGCUCAUGUAUGCUGCACGGGAUGGUCACCCUCAGGUGGUUGCGCUCCUUGUUGCUCAUGGAGCAGAAGUCAAUAUCCAAGAUGAGAAUGGUUACACUGCUCUAACAUGGGCUGCACGUCAAGGUCAUAAAAACGUCGUUUUAAAGUUGCUUGAACUUGGAGCUAAUAAAACACUGCAAACUAAAGAUGGGAGGACAGCAAGUGAAAUUGCAAAAAGAAAUAAACAUAUAGAGAUUUUCAGCUUUCUUUCUUUGACUUUAAAUCCUUUGGAAGGAAAACUCCAACAGCUAACUAAAGAAGAGACAAUUUGCAAACUAUUGACAACAGAACCUGAUAAAGAAAAAGAUCACAUAUUUAGUUCAUAUACAGCAUUUGGAGAUCUGGAAAUAUUUUUACAUGGUCUUGGACUUGAACAUAUGACAGAUUUAUUAAAGGAAAGGGAUAUAACUUUAAGACAUCUUUUAACCAUGAGGAAAGAUGAAUUUACAAAGAAUGGAAUUACAAGUAGAGAUCAACAGAAAAUUAUGGCUGCUCUUAAAGAACUAGAAGUAGAAGACAUAAAGUUUGGAGAAUUGCCCGAAGUGGCGAAGUUAGAAAUCAGUGGUGAUGAAUUCCUCAACUUUCUUCUGAAAUUAAACAAACAAUGUGGCCAUUUGAUAACAGCUGUACAGAAUAUCAUUACUGAGUUGCCUGUAAAUUCUCACAAGAUAGUGCUAGAAUGGGCUUCUCCUCGGAAUUUUACUUCAGUUUGUGAAGAACUGGUUAGUAAUGUUGAAGAUUUGAGUGAAGAGGUCUGCAAACUAAAAGACUUAAUUCAGAAGUUACAAAGCGAACGAGAAAAUGAUCCAACGCACAUACCAUUAAUGGAAGAAGUGUCUACGUGGAAUAGUAAAAUUUUGAAGAGGACAGCUAUUACAGUAUGCGGAUUUGGAUUUCUUCUUUUCCUUUGCAAGCUAACCUUGCAGCGAAAAUAAUCCUAGUACUUUUCUUUGAGUGAUGUGUGUAUGGCUUAUUCAAAUUUAAAAUGUUGCUUUCAACCACUUAUGGAAAAUAAAGCUACAUUCUUUUCCAAUACUACAUAGGGAAAAUUAUGAUAGCAUAGAGCAAAAAGUUUUUCUUUAGAAAGUGAUUUGUCAGUUUUGAGUUAGAUAUAUUAUUUGUUAUAUUUUUGUUAAUUUUGA